UGUUUUUUUGUCUUUAUCUAUGUAAUGUUGAAUCACAGUAUGCAUUAAUUAUAGUUUUGUCCACCAGUGUCCAACAUCAUUGACAGGGAGGUGGCUGUCAGGUCUAGGUGUUACAGGUCGAUGAAGAAGCGAGAACAGCCCCAUUAUUUGAAGGUUAUUUUAGGAAGCUAAGGCAUAAUGGCAAAAAGUUUAACCCCUUCCACUGUUGCCUGUUUAUAUUAAGUCAGUCAACAGCCAUGUGCAAUAAAUUGCUAUACCUUUGUUACAUACAUACGGUAUGCAAACAUCAUAAUGUAACUUUGCAUUUAAAUUCUUUAAUAUCCUGUUUGUUGAAUCCAACAUGUUAAUGGUGUAAGGGGUUAACUACUCUACUACGGUUGCAGAUUUCCUAGGAUUUUUGGUUAAUUGUAAUGCUCUUCCUUACAUUUCUAUAUAAUUUGCAACAAGAUUUUCCUUUUAGUUUAACGUUAUCAACUAAAACGAUUAGUGUUGUGUCUGUAAUGUAGAUUGUUUUUCAAGCUGAUGCAGCCGAAUUUCAGGAAACCUCAUGCAGCUGUACAGCAGGCAAGGUUCUUUGCAAUCAUCUAGUGGCCUUGUUGUUCCAGAGUGCCCAUUACAGCAUGUUGCAGUGAGAGCUGUACCACCACCUGUGGCCUGCACAAGCUCUCUGCAAACAUGGCAUCGACCAAGGACAAAGGGGAUCCAUGCAGAGCCGGUUCAGGACUUGGUUGUUAGGAAACCAAAGCCAUCCGCCAGGAGUGUAUGCAAAUCAACACUCUAUCAAGCAUACACAGGAUCCCUCCCUGACCCGCAAGUCUUGUCUCUUGGAAAAGGACUGAAAAGCCUCAGGCCGCAACCACUAAUAUCAUCAGUGCUGCAUGGCUUGUCUCAACUCACCAUGGUCGACUCCAGGUUCGGACCUGUGCCGCGAGGUUCACCCCUGUCCUACCAGUGUCCUCCUGUGGUCAAACACGGAAAUUACGUCCAACACCCAGAUGCACCAAAAUUCCCUAAACUACCUUUAGAGGGGUCAACAUUUUCCACUACCUUUCCGAACUUUGAACCAAACUCCCAACAGUUUCUCCAUUUGGACAGCUUAACUGUGACACACGAAGUGGCAGCUGAGAGAGAGGAGCAGACACGUGAGCAGUCUGAGUGCCCAUUAUGGCAAGCAUUACGUAAACCUAGAGUAACAGCUAGUAGGUUCUAUGAGGUUAGCCAUGUGAAAGGGCCGUCUUCUGGUCAGACCCUGGCAGGGCGGAUACUUAAGGGAGUACGCCAAACUCCCGCCAUGAAGAGGGGCCUUGAACGCGAGCCACAAGUGCUGGAACAAUAUUCAAAACAUUUCAAUGUAAAUGUCUCACGCUGUGGAUUUGUUAUCCAUCCCGACGCUCCUCACCUCGGGGCUAGCCCCGAUGCAAGGGUAUAUGACCCUAGUGCCAUUCCGUGUUUUGGGCUUGCUGAAGUUAAAUGCCCAGACAUCUCUAGCAUUUCUGAGGCAGGACAUGUAAAAAUGGUGAAUGGUCAGGCAAAACUGAAGCAGAAUCAUAAAUACCACUGGCAGGUUCAAGGUCAAUUGGCUGUAACUGGAUUGAGUUGGUGCGAUUUUGUAACAGACACUGAGGGAGACUUCACAGUCGAAAGAGUCUGGAGGGAGGAUGAAAUGAUAAAAGACAUGAAAAAGAAGGUGGACCUGUACUUCUUUGGUACAUAUAUGAAUGUGUAUCUACAGCAGAAAGUGAAAUUAACUGUAUGA